AUGGGUGACAGUCAGUACUCUUUCUCUCUCACCACUUUCAGUCCCUCGGGGAAGCUCGUUCAGAUUGAACAUGCUCUUACAGCUGUUGGAUCUGGUCAAACAUCUCUAGGAAUCAAAGCUGCUAAUGGUGUUGUUAUUGCGACUGAGAAGAAAUUACCAUCUAUUUUGGUUGAUGAGACAUCUGUCCAGAAGAUUCAGAUUUUGACACCAAACAUUGGAGUUGUCUACAGUGGUAUGGGACCCGAUUCCCGAGUUUUGGUGCGCAAAAGUAGAAAGCAGGCUGAACAGUAUUUUCGACUGUACAAGGAACCAAUUCCAGUUACUCAAUUGGUGAGGGAAACUGCCACUGUAAUGCAGGAGUUCACUCAAUCAGGUGGCGUGAGGCCAUUUGGUGUAUCGCUUUUGGUUGCGGGAUAUGAUGACAAGGGUCCACAGCUGUACCAGGUGGAUCCAUCGGGUUCAUACUUUUCUUGGAAGGCUUCAGCUAUGGGAAAGAAUGUAUCCAACGCAAAGACAUUUCUGGAGAAGAGGUACACGGAAGAUAUGGAACUUGACGAUGCUGUGCAUACAGCAAUUUUGACACUUAAGGAGGGAUUUGAAGGACAGAUAUCAGGCAAAAAUAUCGAGAUUGGUGUGAUUGGCAAUGACAAAGUAUUCAAGAUUCUUACUCCGUCUGAAAUUGAAGAUUACUUGCAGGAAGUUGAAUAA